UCCACAGCUCUGCUUGUCGAUGUUAGGAUGUUGUACAUAUCAGCUCUGUCUGUUAGCGGCUCACUCUCUCACACACUCAUUUAAACUCAUAGCUCCGGUCCGCUUCAUUCACAGGCCUGCUCAGUUAUGAACAUGACGCCGUUUUUAGCGAGUUUUAUUUAUUUGGCGCUGUUAUGUAGUAGGAUAUGCUGUGAUAAUGACACAGAAGAGGAUGAGCACGCCAAACACACAUACACGGUGGAGAUGUUCAAUGAUGCCGUCUCUACUGCUCCACACUUCGUCAUGUUCUACGCGCCCUGGUGUGGUCACUGUCAGAGGCUGCAGGGGGCGUGGAAUGAGUUGGCUGAUAAAUAUAACAGUAUGGACACUCCUCCAGUGUAUGUUGUGAAAGUCGACUGCACAAAAGACACAACGUUUUGCUCCAGUGAGCAUGGGAUCCGUGGAUACCCCACUCUGAAGUUGUUUAAACCUGAUCAGGAGGCUGUAAAGUAUCAGGGCCCAAGAGAUCUGCAGGCGCUGGAGAGCUGGAUGCUGAAAACCCUUCAGGAGGAACCUGAAGAACCCCAGACUGAACCCGAGCCUCCCAAAGUCCCUGAACCCAAACAGGGCCUGUAUGAACUCACAGCCACAAACUUCAAAUCACACAUCUCUAAAGGUUCUCACUUUGUGAAGUUCUUUGCACCAUGGUGUGGGCACUGCAAAGCUAUGGCUCCAACAUGGGAACAGCUUGCCACCAGUUUUGAGCAUUCAGACAGUGUCAAGAUCGGCAAGGUGGAUUGCACACAGCACUAUGAGGUGUGUUCAAAUAAUCAGGUUCGUGGUUAUCCCACGCUGCUCUUCUUCACUGAUGGAGAGAAGGUUGAUCAGUACAGAGGAAAGCGUGAUCUGGACUCAUUUAAAGAGUUUGUUGAUAAUCACGUAAAAGCUGCUGAAUCUAAAGAUGAACCUGCGAAAGAGGAGGAGCACGCUCACGAAAUCCCACCUAGCGCUGAACCUGAAAAACAAGAGUCUAAUGUUCUGGUAUUGACUGAGAGCAACUUUGAUGAGACUGUUGCCAAAGGACUCUCCUUCAUCAAGUUCUAUGCUCCAUGGUGUGGUCACUGCAAAAACCUGGCCCCUACCUGGGAGGAUCUAUCUAAAAAGGAGUUUCCUGGUCUGACUGAUGUGAAGAUUGCUAAAGUGGACUGCACCGUGGAGAGAACGCUCUGCAACAGAUACUCUGUGCGUGGAUACCCAACUCUCCUGAUGUUCCGGGCGGGGCAACAGGGGGAGGAGCAUAAUGGAGGGCGGGACUUAGAGAGCUUGCACAAUUUUGUUAUGAAGCAAGCGAGAGAUGAGCUGUAACUCCUCCCUCAUUUUCCAUCUCGCAACACAUCCUCCACAAAGCAACACUAUCUACAUUUACCAUACUGUCAAAUGGACUGCUUUUUCUUCAUUUCUGUCCCUCACCUGCUAAAGUGAGCACAGUCUUUUCCACAUGAUAAAAUGUGAAUGUACACGAUUUCAUCUCUGAUCAGUUGAUGAGAUUAUUAGCGAUUACAACCACAGACUUUUGAUUUUACCCUUUCUCCAUUAAAAUAACAGCAGUAUGAUUUAAACAAUGACACUGUUAAGAUCAUUACAUCAUUUAAGGUGCGUAUUUUGUCAGUUAUAUUUGAGGAAAUUCAGCUUAGUUUGCUAUCAGCUAAGAAAAUAUGACCUCAGGGAGACCAUGUACCAUUUAAAGAAAACAAUGACAUGCACCUGCUGUGAUUUCUGUUUUUUUUUGUUUUUUUUUCUCCAUUCAGUGUAAAAUACUAUAUGAUACACACUUGCAAACAGCACUUUGACCAUGUACUUAAUUAUCAAACCAGGCCAGUCUUAACAAGUUUGAUGGCCAGCAAACCACAUUAGGCUGGUUUAACAUCUUUGGUUAAUUUGUCAUAUAAAGCUUCUUAAUAUUCGUAUAGGCAUAUGAAUGGGGUAAAUACAUUUAGACAUAUCCCCAAUAUUGCCAUUAUGUAAUACUUUUUUGUAAUUUCUCAACACUCAGCAAAGUAAGACAAUGCAAAAUAGAUAAUUUUUUGCUGUAUAAUGACGGUUUAUGGAAAUAUGGUUUACUUACAGUAGAGGCUGUGAAAGGUUGAAGCGUUUAUGGUACAG